GAUACUUUGUAACUUUUUUAUUUUGAGAAAAAUAUACCUUUUAUGCUAGUUAAAUAGAGUUUAUUAUUUAUUUCCUUUGUUAUUGCUUGCACAAUAACUUGUACAUUAAACAUUAACUAUAAAAAAGUGUUGUUUAGAGUGUAUAAAGUGUUCAAAACAUGGAAGAUAUUUUCCAAUGGUGUCGAGAAGGAAAUGCAUUGCAGGUGCGCGUUUGGCUCGACGAUACGGAGCAUGACAUGAACCAGGGUGACGACCAUGGCUUCAGUCCACUUCACUGGGCGUGCAAAGAAGGCCAUAUCAAGAUAGUAGAAAUGCUCAUCAGGAGAGGUGCCAGGAUAAAUGUCACAAACAUGGGGGACGACACUCCAUUACAUCUGGCUGCUGCGCAUGGGCAUCGGCCCAUUGUUCAGUUGCUUCUUCAAAACCGAGUGGACGUAAACUUCACCAACGAACACGGCAACUCUCCGUUGCAUUACGCGUGCUUCUGGGGCUACAGUGCGAUCGCCGAAGACUUGGUUGUCGCCGGGGCGCUCGUAUCGCUGGCCAACAAGGAUGGGGACACGCCUUUGGAUAAAACCAGGGGUCAACUUGUUCAGAGACUCCACGAGCUUGCCGUUAAUCAAGGUCAGGACUUGAAGAAGAUCCAGUUCAAAGACCAGUCGUGGCUGGGCUUGAAGACCAGAAGCCGUGACGCUACACUGUCUCGUCACAAAGGCAUCAACAUUAAUGAACUGGCUCUCCACACGAGGAUCGCUGUCACACCUUCUGGUGAGACAUGGCGCGGUAGGUGGCAAAAGAACGACAUUGUCGCGAAGAUUAUAGCAGUACGCGAGUGUACGCCGCGCAUACAGCGCGAUUUCAACGAAGAGUUCCCGAAGCUGAGGAUAUUCUCCCACCCGAAUAUACUGCCUGUGGUGGGGUGUUGCGUAUCGCCGCCAUCGCUGGUGGUGAUCUCGCAGCACAUGUCGUGGGGCUCGCUGUACGCACUGCUCCACGGGGGUGCGGGUGGACGCGUGGUGGUGGACGCGGGUGCGGCCGUGCGUCUGGCGCGAGACGUCGCCGCAGGCAUGGCGUACCUGCACUCGCUACAGCGCGACCGCGUGCUGCCAGCGUAUCAUCUCAACAGCAAACACAUCAUGAUCGACGAGGACCUCACGGCGCGUAUAAACAUGGCGGACGCCAAGUUCUCCUUCCAAGAGCGAGGGCGUGUGUACGCACCCGCUUGGAUGGCUCCCGAGGCACUGCUGAAGCCAAGCGCCAAGAGGAACUGGGAGGCGGCCGACAUGUGGAGCUUCGCCGUACUCCUGUGGGAGCUGGCCACUAGGGAGGUCCCAUUCGCUGACCUCUCACCGAUGGAAUGUGGAAUGAAAAUAGCCCUCGAGGGCCUGAGGAUCACGAUCCCUCCGGGUAUAUCACCUCACAUCUCAAAGCUGGUGAAGAUCUGCAUGAACGAGGACCCAGGGAAGCGACCUUCUUUCGAAAUGAUCUUGCCUAUACUCGAGAAAAUGAAACGUUGACAACUAGAAAGCAUACAUUGGUAAUGUACUACAAGCUUUACAAUAGAAAUAAUAAAAUGCUCGUCUUCCGAUAAAAUCUGUAAUGCAGUAAAUGUAACGGUACUAAUUUGUUUCUACAGAAAACAUUAUGGCGCAGUGGGCAUGACAUUGCUUUCUGAAUCCGAAGCUGUGGAUUCGAUUCCCACAACUAGAA